AGAAGAUCUAUCCUUUAUUUUUAUCAAGUAAUGGAUUCUAUAUUAGAUACACUGACUGAGUAGUUCUUUUGCAGAAUUAAUUGAAGCUUUAGAAGAGUAAAGACUUUGUUUUAAAGUAUUUAUUUAAACAAAAUCAGAAAAUAAAUUGUUGUUAUUUUGACUCCUUGUUGAACCAAUAGAUCUACCCUUUAACAAAGUUGAAUGAUUAUCUUUCGAUCCCAGAACUAGCGAAGAAGAUAGAACUCAAGAACUAUGACCAACUCGCCAGAGACAUACUAAAGAAGAUUAAGCCAUAAGACGAUAUCGAGUAGCCAAAAUGAGAUCCAAAACCAAUAGAGACAAAAGAGACUAUCCAGAAAGACAUAGAAGUUUUCUAGCUUUGUUCUUUUCCAGUUGAGCCAAUUUUUCAAUAUUUCUUGAGAACCAGGUG